ACGUCUCCGCUAAAGCAGGGUCUAGACUCAAAAUUUAUAUUAUUUACAUUUUUUUACCAUUAUUUCGAACUUUGUCAGCAUAAUGAACACCUGCUAAAGAGCUAAAGAGGAUCUAAUUUGUAUGGUCGACAGGAGUGUAAAGCUGACGUGGUGAUUUUCGACUCAUUUAAGGAAGAACGGAGUCCCGUUUGAAACACACGACCAUGGACGCCCUUCAGUUAGAGCCACGGGACAAGGACGAGGAAGCUGGUGAACAGUCGUUGAAAAUGUUGGACGAGUCGCCGGCUGUCUCUGGAAUAUCGAAGCGACCGAAAUGGAGUCACAAGGCGGAUUAUAUAUUGUCCAUGGUGGGGUACUGUGUUUCCCUGGUCAACUUGUGGAGAUUUCCGUACCUUUGCAACAGAAACGGAGGAGGUGCGUUCCUCAUCCCAUUCAUGGUGUGCCUGGUGCUGUGUGGUCUCCCCUUGUUCUUCCUCGAGGUGGCACUGGGACAGUUCGCAGGAAAGAGCGCGAUGCAUAUCUGGGGCUUCUGUCCCUUGAUGAAAGGUUUGGGCAUCAGCAUGACGUUGUUGUCGGCACUGACGUUGAUGUACUACCCCAUCGUGCUGUCGUGGUCGGUGUACUUCCUCGUGCAGUCGUGUUCCCAAGUGCUGCCAUGGACGUCGUGUGGAAACUGGUGGAACACGCCAUCCUGCGUCGUCACCUCGGCACAAAAGUAUCAUCGUUUACUCACCAACGACAGCACCGUCACUGGUGAUAUCGUGUUGCACAACAUCACCGACGAUGGACAAAUGCGUCACACCACAGUUGGGACUAAUACCACGCUCUCACACACUGCAGCGGAAGAGUUCUGGCAGUACAACGUUCUGCGUAUCUCCGACGGGCUGGACAGUGUCGGAGGGAUACAGACUCACCUGGCGCUGUGCCUCAUGACCGGAUGGAUGAUAGUGUUCCUGUGCAUCAUCAGAGGAAUCAAGUCCGCGGGAAAAGUUGUAUACGUGACGGCUACCCUGCCCUACCUGCUUUUGAUCAUCCUCCUGAUACGCAGUCUCAUGCUACCCGGAAGUGACGAAGGGCUUCUUGUGUACAUCAGAGCCGACUUUAAAAAACUCACGGAGAUACAGGUGUGGCUGGAGGCAUGUCUGCAGGUGUUCUACUCCCUGGGCCCCGCGUGGGGAGGCCUCAUCACCAUGGCAAGCUUCAACAAAUUCGACAACAACUGUCUCAGAGACGCGAUUCUGGUGACUUUUGUCAGCGAGGGGACAAGCAUGUUUGGUGGCCUGGUUGUUUUCACAAUCAUUGGUUUCAUGGCGCACGAGGCCAACGUCCCUGUCUCGGAGGUGGUCUCGUCAGGUCCGGGGCUUGGCUUUGUGACGUACCCGGAAGCUCUGUCGCGUCUCCCGGUCCCGCAGUUGUGGAGCUUCGUGUUCUCGCUUAUGUUGAUCGCACUCAUGUUAGACACCGUGUUUGCUACGGUGGAGACGGUGAUGUCAGCCAUCUUUGACCAGUAUCCGUGGCUGAGGAAGAAGCGAAUCUACCUGACAGCAGGCUUCUGUGUCGUCGCCUACUUUGUGGGUCUCGUCGUCACUACCAGGGCUGGGAUGUACAUCUUCCAGCUGAUUGACUGGUACUUCGCCUUCUUGGUGCUCCUCACAACCGCCUUCCUGGAGUGUGUAUGCGUGGCCUGGAUUUACGGUAUAGAGCGGUUCAGUGACGACAUUGAGUUAAUGCUUGGACGGAGACCGCCAUUAUUCUUCAAGAUCACGUGGUGUUACGUCACACCGUUGUUUAUGAUGACAGCCUUCAUCUUCACGUUGCUCCAGUACAGCCCGCCUACAUACGGGAAGUACAAGUACCCGGAUUACGCCGCCACGAUUGGCUGGAUCCUCGCGUGUAUACCAGUCAUGCCGGUCGUGGUCGUCAUGGUGACGACACUAUACAGAGCAGAGGGUUCACUAAAACAGCGCCUCCUUCAAAGCAUCACCCCCGACAGCACGUGGAGUCCAUCGGACCCCCAAGGCAGGAGGAACUACCUGCAGAUACCUCGGGAGCGUCCCUCUCUUAAACAGACCUUCCUUGCUUCAAUAGGACUUAGAUAAUACCCGCACCGACACAUUUGACCCCCAUACAAACUAGCUAUGUACAUAAGAUGCGUCAUGUCUUAUAUGUUAUGUAUGUGUUGGGUAGAUCGGUCAAUGUACAGUUGUGGCGUUGAGAUGAAAUAUCUUUGCUCAUUUUUAAUUAAGUACCUUACGCCGAUCGCUGAUCUGACCCUAUCACAGACCUCAGUAUGUUGUGUAUGGUUAAAGGCAAUGGUUCACCUUAUGGUGCAGUGGGAUAACUCAGCGGUAAGAAAGCGUUCACUCUUCGUGCCCCCAAGACUCG